UAAACACUCCCCAUGUUCUUCUUCUUCUUCAGUUCAUUUCAUUCCAACUCUUUGACACCAUUCCAUGGAGAUCUACUCUCUCUCUCUCAUCUUCCUCUCUCUCAUACUUCCACCAUUACCAUCACAAGCAUGCCAUCACAUUGACCAUCAAUCACUACUUGACUUCAAACACAAAAUCACAUAUGACCCAUCAAACCUUCUACAAUCAUGGACACCUCAAACUGAUUGCUGCAAAUCAUGGAAUGGCAUUGCUUGCAACUCCGCCGGUAGAGUCAUCAAUCUCACCCGCUCCGGUCUCGUUUCCGGCGACGACUUCAUCCUCGACACCUCCAUGUCCGGUACUCUCUCUCCUUCUCUCUCUAACCUCACAUUUCUCCAACUUCUUGACCUCAGUAACCUUAAAGAUUUAUCCGGUCCGAUCCCGCCUCAGUUUGGAAAACUUUCAAGUCUUACCCAUUUGUUUCUUGAUUCUAAUAAGUUUUCCGGUUCAAUUCCGGUCACUUUCCGAUCACUUUCGCGGUUACAAAAGCUUUAUCUUAGUAAUAAUAUGUUCAAUGGGGAGAUCCCGUCGGUGGUUUUCAAAUCUUUUAAAUCAUUAUCGGAGAUCGGUCUUUCCGGUAACCAGUUUUCCGGUGAGAUUCCGGCGUCGAUUGGGGAGAUGAUUUCGAUAACGAAACUUGAUUUUCAUGAGAAUAACUUAACCGGAGUGAUACCGGAUACUAUUGGAAGGUUGAAGAAUGUUAAGUUUCUUGACUUGUCGGAAAAUCAGAUCACCGGAAGUAUACCGGAAUCUUUGGGAUCGUUGUCGGAAUUGCAGGUUUUGUACCUUAAUCAAAACCAACUUUCCGGCGCCAUUCCGGGUUCGAUCGGGGGCUUGGAUUCCAUACAAUUCUUUCGUUUGUCGGAAAACAAGUUGAACGGAGUUAUACCGCCGUCCAUCGGAAAGCUUCCGAAGAUUCAAAGGUUGAUAUUUGAAAAUAAUAUGCUCACCGGAAGACUUCCGGCGACCAUCGGUCAUUUGGUUACUCUCACCGAUAUAUACUUCUCCGGUAACCAAUUCACCGGAAGUGUUCCGGCAAGCUUUGGUAACUUACAGAAUCUUCAAACACUCGAUUUAUCGAGAAACAAGUUGUCUAGACGGAUACCGUCUAAAAGGGCAAACCCGGUGCAUGAGACUGAAACAUGUGAGGGGUCAAGGGCAUGUCAAGCCAACUUGGGCCUGAAGGGCGCAUCCGGCCCAAUACCUUCUCAACUUGCUAAAUUGCAAAAUUUACAAACUCUUGAUUUGUCAUUUAAUCCUUUAAACCUAACCACAUUACCCAAUUGGUUUUCUAAACUGAAACUCUUUCGGCUAAAGAUGGCGAAAACCGGACUCCGGGGGCGGCUUCCGGGAUUUCUCUCGUGGUCGUCAACGAUAUCCGAAUUAGAUCUAUCGAGCAAUGCACUAACCGGUGAAUUACCACAUUGGAUCGGGAACAUGACGAAUCUUUCAUUACUAAACUUAUCAAACAACCGAUUUAGGAACCCGAUCCCGCCGGAAUUCAAGAACCUUUCGCUACUAAUGGACCUUGAUCUCCAUUCCAACAACUUCUCCGGCGACAUAAACACGAUUUUCAAGAAAAAUGUAGAAGGCCCACUUGGUCAUUACAACUCAAUUGAUGUAUCAUAUAACUCUUUUUCGGGGCCCAUACACAUUGGCGACGAGCCCGCGAUGGAUUCGAUUGUUUCUUUGGUGUUAUCGCACAAUCCGAUUGGCGGGAUCAUACCCGAAACAUUGAGCAAUGGCAAUGGAUUGGUGAAAAUCUUGAUUUCUAAUAAUAAUUUCAUAGGCAAGAUACCUAAGGAGUUGUUGAAUUUGAAGAAUUUGAAGGAAUUUGAUGUGUCUAGAAAUAGACUAAUUGGGGAAAUUCCCAAACAUAAUGUUAGUAUUCCUGCUUCUGCAUUUUUGGGUAAUCCUGGAUUGUGUGGGACCCCACUUCCGCCAUGUAAGCAAUCUUUUUGACAGCGUGUCAUUUUGUUGUAAUUUUUUUUUUCAAAAUUUGUCGUGAAGGAAAAUGAAAAUAUUCUGGUAUUAUUAUUCUU